AUGGGUGCCUCAGGAAAGUGGGUAAAAGCGCUAAUCGGACUCAAGAAACCAGACAAAGACGAGCAUGUGAAGGAGGGUGGUAAGAGCAAGAAGUGGAAGUUAUGGAGGAGCUCUUCUGGGGACAUGGGUUCGUGGAAGGGUUUCAAAGGGAACCACAAAGCAGCUUCUGAAGGGUCUGAUUCUCCCCCUGUUGCAGUAAAUGCUUUUACAGCUGCAGUGGCCACUGUGGUUCGAGCUCUUCCUAAGGAUUUUAGAUUAGUUAGGCAAGAAUGGGCUGCUAUAAGAAUCCAAACUUCCUUCCGCGCUUUCUUGGCAAGAAGGGCUUUGAGGGCUUUGAAGGGAGUGGUGAGGAUUCAAGCUCUUGUUCGGGGGAGACAGGUGAGGAAGCAAGCUGCAGUGACAUUGAGGUGCAUGCAGGCACUGGUUCGUGUUCAAGCGCGAGUCAGAGCUCGGCGUGUGAGGAUGUCCAUAGAGGGGCAAGCUGUCCAGAACAUGCUCAACGAGAGACGCAGCAAGCUUGAUAUUUUGAAGCAAGCAGAGGAGGGGUGGUGUGACAGUAGAGGAACAUUGGAAGAUGUCAAAGCAAAAAUACAAAUGAGGCAAGAGGGAGCUUUCAAAAGAGAAAGAGUAAUAGCAUACUCUCUUGCUCAGAAGCAAUGCAGAUCAACCCCAAGUUCUAAUUCACGAACAAAUACCACCUUUUCCUCUCUCAAGAAUCAUGAGGUUAACAAAGCUAAUUGGGGGUGGAGUUGGUUGGAACGUUGGAUGGCAGCCAAGCCUUGGGAGUGUAGAUUGAUGGAACAAUCACAUGCUGAAGGCCUGGAGAAAACCCCACCUCCAAAGAAGUUUGUUGAAUCCUUUGAAAUCACUAAUUCCAAACCAAGUUUGGUAAAAGUCAAGAAGAACAAUGUCACAACAAGGAUUUUAGCUAGGCCUCCUCAUAUUGGGCAAGCUACUCGUUCAUCCUCUAGUCCAAGUUCUGAGUUUCGGUAUGAUGAGAGUUCUGCAUCAUCUUCCAUUUGUACAUCUACAACACCAAUGUCUGGGAACACUUGUGACAGGACUGAGGAUAGCGGUAACACUAGGCCUAAUUACAUGAACCUGACUCAGUCCACAAAGGCAAAGAUAAAAACAGGAAGUCAAAUGUAUAAUAGAGCUCAAAGACAGCAGUCCAUGGAUGAGUUUCAGUUUCUCAAGAGGGCAGCGGUUUUCUCAAAUGGAGAUUCCAAAAGCAAUUUUGGUUCUGACCCUUCAAUCAACUUUUCUAGGCCACUUCACUUGGACAAGAGCUCAGUGAGGCCAAGGUGA